GAUAGUGCGCAUGCGUGUAACAAAGAUGGGAUGAUGGCGGAGGCAACACCCAAAUUGGAGAAUGCUUGGAAGCAACUAUCUAUGCCAGUUCAAGAUGCAGGAGCUCUCCGACAAGAAGCAAUAGAUGCUCAUCAUGAACACUUAAUCACUGAAAUUGAAACAUCUGAAGGGCCUUUGGCUACAACUUUAAGGGCUGUUUAUGAUGCACAUGAUGUUGAUCUUUUCCAACAAAAACUUCAGGACCGGAUCAAAAGCCAUGAUCAUGACAUUGAACGCAUGUGUAACUACCACUACCAGGGAUUCAUUGACUCAGUACGAGAAUUGCAGCAAGUCAGUGGAGAUGCUGCUAACCUAAAGAAAGGAAUCCAGCACUUGGACAAAGAACUAGGGGAUUCAUGUAGACCAUUGCUAUGUAUAGGAGACCAGCUGAUCAAAUGCCGCAAAGUUCAAAAGCACAUUACCUUGGCUAUUGAAAAUCUGUCUCUUUGUCUGCCAGUCCUAGAGAUGUAUGCAAAACUUCAAGAGCAGAUGAAGUCAGAACGAUAUUACCCAGCACUAAAAACGCUGGAACAGCUGGAACACACCUACUUGCCACGUGUUAUGACUCACUGGUUUUCCCAAACCAUGGCUGAAGCUAUUCCCAAACUGCGUGAACAGAUCAAAGAUGCCUCCAUGUCGGAGCUAAAAGAUUUCCUCGAAAGCAUACGUAAACACUCUACAAAGAUUGGGGAAGUGGCCAUGAAACACGCUGCUGAACAAAACAAUAUGGAUCCUACCAUUGCAAAGAAAAGAGUGAAAAGACGGAGAGCUCCGCCUCCUCCCAAUCCUUUCACAGGAGAAGUGGAACAACCCCCACCUCUUCCUAUUCUCUCAGAUGAUGAAGAGGAGGAGGAACUGAGUGCCCAGGACUUGGUAGACUUUUCUCCUGUUUACAGAUGUUUGCAUAUUUAUUCCGUUUUGGGAGAUAAAGAUAAAUUUGAAACCUACUACAGGCAACAGCGAUGGAAGCAAGCCCGGUUGUCACUUCAGCCACCUCAGAAUAUGCAUGAAAGCAUCGAAUCUUUCAGAAAAUACUUUCAUGAUGUUGUAGGGUUUUUCGUUGUUGAAGACCACAUACUCCACACAACACAAGGAUUAGUCACAAGAUCUUAUAUGGAUGAACUGUGGGAAAAAGCAGUUGAAAAGAUGACUGCCACACUUCGCUCAGCAUCGGAUAAGCAAAGAGAGGAAUACCGCCAUGAGUUGCCUGCCUCUCUUGAGGAAGAGCUAGGAGAUGAGGAGGUUCAAUCCUGCAAAGUGGCUGGAUUGAUGUUGGAGGUAAAGAAACUGAUUGUUCUCUUCUGCCACACAUUGAAGGGCUAUGGACUCAGUGUAGGUCGUUUGCUUGAGCUGUUGCUUGAGAUGAGGGACCGCUACAGUGAGAUCUUAUCAGAACAGUGGGUGGAAGUGUUCAGUGAGAUUUUUGCCAAAGACAACUACACUCCUAUCUGUUGUGAGAGUGCAGAGGAGUACAUGCUCAUUCUUUCACAGUUUCCCUACCAGGACCAAACACUGGAGGAGUCACCAUAUCCUAGGCGAUUUCCAUUUUCACAGUUUGUGCCCAAUAUUUUCAACCAAGUGAAAGAGUACAUUAAUGCAUGUUUGAAAUUUUCUGCUGACUUGCAUCUGAGUCAUACAGAAAUUGAUGACAUGAUCAGAAAGUCGGCGAAUCAACUUUUAACAAAAACUCUUGGUGGCUGUUUGUCUUCCCUCAUCAAACGACCCAAUCUCAGUCUUCUUCAGCUGAUCCAGAUCUCCAUCAACAUGAACUACCUAGAUCGUGCCUGUCCUCACCUAGAGGCUUACAUUUCUAGUAUUACAGGUGCUGAGAAAGAUAGUGUUCAUGUGGCAAAGCUCCAUGGAACAUCUAUGUUCAAGGAUGCCCGAAGCGAUGCUGAGCAGCAUAUCUAUGAACAACUCAAUGCUAAGAUUGAUGAGUUCAUUGACUUAGCUGCCUAUGACUGGACACUUGUGGAACCCCGAGGACAUGCCAGCAGCUAUAUCAUGGACCUGAUGGCAUUUCUGCAGAGCACCUUCAUGUCUUUCACCAACCUUCCAGGACUAUCAUCUGUGUUCCAUCAGGAGUGUACAGGAUAUAUUGACAAAGUAGCCAAGACAGCUUGCAUGUCAGCAUGCCAGCACAUUGCUUCCCGGUUGAUGGGCUUUCUGGUGGACAACGAGAUUCGACAACUGACAAUGGGAGCGCUGCAGCAAUUUAACUUGGAUGUUAUACAGUGUGAACAGUUUGCUGACUCUGAACCUGUGCCAGGAUCUAAUGAUGGUACGCUGAAGAUGGCUUUCUGUGAUCUAAGACAGCUACUUGACUUGUUCAUAAACUGGGACUGGUCUACAUAUCUGGCAGACUUUGGCAAACAGCAGGCUCGCUACUUACGAGUUCCACGGCAUACGGCAAUCAGUAUGUUAGAAAAGUUGAACAAUGCAGAUAAGAAAAAGAAUAAUCUGUUUGCAUCCUUGAAGAAGAAUGAACGUGACAAAAAGAAGCUCGUAGAUACAGUUUUGAAACAACUGCGGGUCCUGGAAAAUGGUGUCACACCACAAGGAUAGACCAGACCUUGAGAUGACGUUGUUCACCAAGUAUGUCAUCUCCUCAAAGAUCUUAGCAUGCAGAAAAUGACUGCUGAAACUUCUACCAAGUACUUGAAAGUACUAUGUGAUAUACUUUUUAUUAAGUCUGAGUUGAAAAGUUUGUUUGUUGAAGGUCUGGCCUAUUUUAUGUUACGUGGGAAAGCGGCUAUGCAGGUAAUGAAUGAAGUUGAGAAUUGUGUGGAUGUGUUAGGUGCUAACACUCAUUUUCUCUGGGUCUUUCACAAGCAAAUAUUUGUUUUGUAUCUUUAAACUAGAACACCCAGUUUUUCAUUUCACGUCAGUAAUAGUUUAUGAAAUAUAGUUUCACAGUAAAUAUAAAACUGUACUUGCACCAUUUUAUUGUUAAUGUAAUACCUAGCUUUGUGACGAUCAUGAAAAAAUGUGUUUUUAAACUAUAUUGUGCUACUGACAUCGCCAUAGAAGGAUGAACGUGUUGGAUCAUGUAAGUUCAGUUUGUAUUUCCCAUUGGCAGAUUGAAAAAGAAAAAGUUUUUAUAGACAUUUAACUGUUUUAAAAUUUGUCAUCAGUUCUUUAAGGGAAGUCAGAGGUUUUGAUGGAAAGGAAGUAGAAAAGACCUGUUUUACAUAGUGCUUGAAGAAUACCACACUCUAGCAAGCAUACAAGAGAUGAUCAUGUGAUAUUAAAAAAAUGUCGGAAGUUGUAUGCUUCUGACGAUUUUCGUGAUAAAACCAUGAGGUAUUUAAGAGAAUUGUAGAAGAGAAGCAAGGAAUGAUGGGAUGCAUUGUGCAAAGUGAGGCUUUAAGGAACCCUUACUCUCCAGUCUGAACAAGCUGAUUGGAACAUCCAAACAACUGAGGAACAAUGCAUGUCAGUUUACCCUUGCUGGCAGCAGAUGAAACUGUCUUUAAUGGCUGUAACUGCAAACAAAAGUAGUUGAAAUGCAUACAACAUGAGAAAGGAAUGAGGUGCUAAGUUAAGAAAUGUUCAAUCAUUGAUCAUAAUAGGAAAAGCUUUUAAAAUAUAUUUAUGAUGAUCGUAAUAAUAGUAGGAUUUAUAUAGGGCGUUUCUGUGCAUGGAACUGACUUCAGUAUACAUUACAAGAGACAAAAGACAGUUGGUAAUGAUGCCAGAUGACAGAAAGGGCAUCACAAUCGGGCAAACAUGCACAGUGAACAUUUGCCAGGAACAUGAAUGAAUGCAGAGAUGACAGUAAGUUUACUAUUAUUGUACAUUCUAGUGUUUCCUUUAGGAUCUAGUCAGAGUGCCCAAUUUUUUUCAAGUGGCUGGCUUUGUUCAUUAUAAGAUGCUAACUCCAAAAUUUAAGUGAAGAACUGUUUCAUUAAGGGGAUAUAUAGCUUUUCCACAGUAGCACUCUGACAUUCUAAAAUGAGACAACUCUGAUUCCUGUGAGGUCACAAAUAUAGGCUAGUGUAUAAGGCAAAGAUCUGUUGCGUUUUGAAGCAUCAGGUUGGUCAUGGCCAAUAUUGAUAUCAAACCGUAUACAUCAUAUGCUUUUCCAAUAAUUAAUUCUCUGCAAGAAACUAAGCACAGUAUGUUAGCUUAUUAACAGCUUGAAACUUGGUAGUGUCUUGCUUGAAUUGGGCUAGCCUGAGCGUUUAAAGAUUUAACAAUGUAUGAUUUUGUUGAGGGUGAUUAAGCAAUCACAGAUGAAGUGGCUGUUAUAUUUUCAUGGCAUGUGCAUAAAUAUUACUGUAUUUGGAGGUAUUUUCAGCUACAGUACAGAUCAAAUUAAAGAAUGUGUUUUAGUUAUGAGAUCAUUAGUGGAGCAGUUGCUGCUAUAUUGCCAGCUAAAUAUCUCAGAUCCAUCAGUAUAGACCAUUGAAGAUGAAGGAUCAUUGCAGAGUUGUCCAUGAGGGUAAAUAUGACCAUUCUAGUUCAAGGUAGUGGAUUUUUUUUUUUAACAACAGUAAAUGAUGACGGAAACUAUUGGAUACUUUGUAAGAAAAAUCCCUCAAAAUAGUGGCAUCCUCUUCUCCACUUUGAACUAAGUACACUGAACAAAAUAUUGUUUCAACCAUUUAAAUGGUUUAAAAACGUUUUCUUUAUUGUUAUAGUUCAGCCUAGAAUAUCUCAGACAUUUAUUAGUUUCAUUUGAAUUAAUGUUUAGACCUAUCAGCUAAACAUUACUUCUGCAUGGUUGCAUUGUUUGAAAGCUAGAUGAUGCAUAUUACUGCAUUUAUUCAUUGAAUUGGAUGAUAAUCACAGGUCAAAAUAUGACAUGGCUUUGUUGAGUAGCUUAUUAUGUUAAGAAUUCUGAUUAUGUUCUUAUGCACAAAUAGAUUUUUUUAUUAUAAGAAAAGCUGUGCUGCAUAUGUGCCUACUUGUUUUGUACAGUGUACAGUUAAGUUACCUUUCACAUGAUAUUAUAGCCUAAAGAAAUAUGGGUACCACCUUCAUUCCUACUUACGAUCCACAUUAACAAUCAUAAAUGUAUGCAUCCUGUAUCCCCUCUUCCCACCCCUUGCCUCCUCGAAGAAAAACAGUAAAAAAAUACCAGCCUAGCUUGAGAUGUAUGGUACAAACUGGGGCCACUGUUGAUGUGUUUCACAAACAUUGGCCAGUUAACAUUUUCAAGUCUUUCCAGUACUUCAUCAUGAUUGCAGUUUCAUUCUUGCGUCCUCAAAAUGAAACUUGUAAAAUAUAAGCUUAUCCUCUAGUAUAAUGAUGCAUAACUGAUGCCUAAUUUUUAAUAGGAUGUUGAGUGAAGGGGAAGAUGAGUUUAUCCACUUGUUUUGCUGCCCAAGUCAAGAGGUUAUCAAAACAGUUUAUGGCCGAGAUUGGUAACAUCUAGAUUAAAUGUUAUGAGCAUGCUUAUAUUUCAGGCAAGUUUUGACUCUGGUCACAUCAUCCAGAAAUCCCAGCACUAGAACAAGAUGCCAAGCAUGUCUAUAUUUUCGUUUGCACUGUGGUUGAUUUGCCAAGUGUUGAUCAAAUUCUAGUUAGAAAUAUGUACACUUUCUUUCAUAGUAAAUUGUCUUUAAAGUUUAAAUCUUAAAAAAAUGUGUAAAUCUACAGUUUAUUUUAGGUUUACCGAUAUGCAUAGGCACACCUCAAGCACUUACAUUUUCGUGACUUGUAGUCAGCUGUCCACAUGUUUUGCUGUUUAAUCCCUUCUUCUCUAUUAGGAUCUUUGUUCUUGUGGAAAUCACCAGCAUUGUAGGUGAGAUGAUUUAGAUGUCAGCAUAUAUAGAUUGCAGAAUGUGGUAUGUUUGCGUUCCCACUUCACAAGUUGAUUUCACUACCUCCAUUAAACAGUCUGCACUGAUUGACAUGUCCCCUAGACGAUGGGGUCAUCAUCAGUGUUGUUGCCAGACUCCAUGAAAGGACACAAGAAGGGUCUCAUAAGUCUGGUUUUCUCGACCUCUACCCAAACCUAUGUGACAUCAAGAAAAGGCAGUUUCAUUUCUCUUUUGUUACUGUAAAUUGUUUACUCUGGUUUCAGAAUUGGAUGUUCUUCCUUGUCCUGAUUGCUGUUUAAACCACAUGGAAAUAUUUUUACUACGUUAGAUGGGCUGAACCAAAAUCUUCUUAACAUUCAUUUCAUUUGUAUUCAAGGUCACACAUCAUUUAUAUUAAAACCUCAAAAUGCAUUCCUGCUAAAAGUAGAUUCCCUUACACCAGCUGUUUUGUAUAUCAUGUACUGCAGUACAAUACCUCUUGAAUAUUGCUUUGGUUUGGGGGUAUUUUUAAACAAUUGUGUAUAUUUCCUGUGAAAAUAUAGGUAUAUUGAUGUAUAAAAUAUGCAUGUUCUUGAUUUCCCAUUGUAAUUUGAAUGUGCUUCUGUAUUGCAGUUUCACUGUGCACAUUAUCCUAAACACUUUUUUUCAGGUGAAUCCAUGUGAAUACACUUUAUUCCACAAUAGGAACAUUUACUACAAUCCUACUUAUUGCCUAGAAUCUUUUAAUCUUGCUUUUUCUAGGACUGCUGUGGAAGAAAGCUGUGCUUAUGAAAAUAAACAAUGCAUGACUGAAAGUUGCAUUUACCAAAUCAUCA